AUGAAAGCCCUCCCAAUCGAACUCCUCCAACAAAUAUGCUCCGUCCUCUGUCCUCAUUGCGUAAACAUUAACACCAAUGACCAGCCCUCAUGCCGCCACGCGCUAGCAUCUCUCUCUCGCACAAGCCAUCUUCUCCGCGCCGUCGCGCAACCAUUCCUCUUCCAUCGCCUAAAACUACACACCGGAUCAACAUGCAAAUUUCUACGCCUACUCUAUGAGCGACCGCACUUGGCUUCAAGCGUCAAACAACUCCUCCCCCUGAGACACGAAUUAUUCUUCGAUGGCUCCAAGGAAGAUAUCCAAAUCCUUAGGCGGGCCGCGCGGGAGUUACUUCUUGACGUAGACGGUGACCCAAACUUUGAGCAAUCGUAUGGAGAUCAUGACGAAAAACACUUUCUGACCGAGCUCGCGAUUGCGUUGUUGCCGAAUUUAGAGGCGUGCGUGAUGGAGAUUGAGUAUGACCUUCCAGAUGAGAAUCUUGUAACUACCAAUCGUUUUUUGGCUAGUCGAUUCAAACGGCUUGCGACAACAGAUCAGCAGAAGCCGGGACUGCCAAAACUUCGUACCUUGCGUUUUGCGAAGGAAGGCUAUCAGGCAUUCAAUCUUGCCACGCCGGGGAUUGCGGUGUUAUUGAAUGCGGCGCCGAAUUUGGAACGGUUGGUGUUUGAUGGGACGCAUGGAGUUGAGAAGCUAUAUCAGGGAUGGCCUGGAAAUAUUGAGCUUAUGGCUCCCGCACUACGGAAUUUGAGGGUAUUGUCUAUCACGUAUACGGGGCUGGGGAAUGCCGAGGAUGAUUUUGAGUUUAGACUAUUGAGACGGCUUGUGCAGCUAUGUACGCGGUUGGAGACGUUUCGAUUUCGUGGCGAGGGUCCGUUUUCGUGGGAUUUGGAUGGACGGCAUUUGCCGCCGUCGAAGUUUCUGGAGGCGCUUGAGCCUGUAAGAGAAAGGUUGAAAGUUCUUGAUUUUGAUCUCCCGAAAUCAGAUCAUCCCGGCCCACUGGAUGACUGGACCUUGACUCGCCAGUCUUUUACUUCGUUUACGCGCUUGGAGUCUUUGCAUCUGGACGGGUUCAUGUUUUGUCAUCACUUUGUAGAUGUCGUGAUGAAGCGGAGUCCGAGGGCUAGUACGACAUGUCUGACUGAUAUCCUGCCGCCGACGGUACGGUUCUUGUCGGUGAUGCUUGUGCAUAAAGGACGAGUCUGGGAUGAUCUGUGCCACCUUGGCCGUGUUGCGGACACAGAAUUUCCGCAACUAAAAACGGUGACUAUUGAAAGAGAAAAUGUGCUAGAUGGGGUAUUGACGCGCGCCAUGAGACGUAAAGCGCGAGAGGCAUUUGAACAGUCUCGAGUUCGGCUGUCUAUUACAAAGGAAAAAUGCUAUGAUGAGGAUAUGGCAUUUGAGGAUGUGUACGAUUACAAUAAGUAA